CUUGUGGGGCAGUUCUAAUCUGUUCUAUAGGGUUGCUAUGAGUCUGAAUCCACUCAAUAGCAGUGAGUUUCAUUUUUUAAUUUGUUUUGGAGAAGGGGAUGAGAUAAGCAGGAUCAAUCCUGGGUUCUGACUGCUAUGUGAAUGGUUAUAAUCAUGGAAGCAAAAGAACAUGUGAAUUUCAAUUGAGUUACUUUACUUUUCCUAUCACUUUAAUUUAUACUUAGUAAUGAUUUUUUAAAUUUAGAAGUAACUUUUUUUUUCCAGCUUUCAUGGAAUUCUGAAGACAUUUAACCAUGAGAAACCAUCCAAUGGUGACAACAUUUAUUGUUGUUGGACUAACUGAUGACCCAAACUGGCAAAUUGUAAUUUUCCUUUUUCUAUUUCUAACAUAUUUAUUGAGUGUCACUGGAAAUUUGGCAAUUAUCCUGCUCACUCUACUGAAUUCCCAACUCAGAACACUCAAGUAUUGCUUUCUUAGGCAUUUUUCACUUUUAGAAAUGUCAUUCACAUCUGUGCGUAUCCCUAGGUACCUGGUCAGCAUUGUGACUACGGAUAAUAUGAUUUCCUAUGGUUCUUGUGUAACACAAUUGCUUUUUGUCAUCUUCUUCGGUGCAUCAGAGUUCUUCCUGUUGACUGCCAUGUGCUAUGACUGCUAUGUGGCCAUCUGCAAACCCCUUCACUAUGCAACGGUUGUGAACAACAGAGUCUGUGCCCAGCUGGUUGUUACCUCUUGGUUAGCUGGGUUGUUAACCAUCUCUCCUGGACUUAUCGUGUGCUUGGGGUUGGAAUUCUGUGAUACUAAUAUUAUUAACCACUUUGGCUGUGACUAUUCUCCUGUUCUGAAACUCUCCUGCACAGACACGUGUUCCAUAGAAUUGUUAGGUUUUAUUUCAGCCAUUGUCAUACUGCUGAUAACACUUGCACUGGUGAUGUUCUCCUGUGCAUAUAUUCUGAGAAAAAUUCUGAGGAUCCCUUCUGCACAGCAAAGGAAGAAUGCUUUUUCCACCUGUUCCUCCCACAUGAUUGUUGUCUCUAUCACUUAUGGCAGCUGCAUUUUUAGGUAUAUUAAACCUUCUGCAGAGGAAAGUGUCGCUUUAAACAAGGGGGUAGCCGUGCUCAACACUUCAAUUGCACCUGUCUUAAAUCCUUUUAUAUAUCCCCUAAGAAAUAAGCAAGUAAAACAAGCCCUGAAGGUUAUAGUUCAAAAAUGUAUCAUUACCUUAAAAAAACUUUAGCUUUUCAGAAUACAAACCAUUACUAAAAACGCCAAAGAAACGAGAUAACUGGGAGCUCCUAAAAAUCAAACACCUGUGCUCAUCCAAAGCCUUCACAAAAAGAAUAAA